AUUGUAGUUCUUUUAUGCAUUGUUUGUGAAUUGUAGAAGUGACAUAUAUGUUGCUUGGGAGAUAGAGUUGAUGAAUCGGUGAUGUGCCGGUGGCUCUAGUCUUGUAAAACAGUGUAUCGGAGGAUAAGAAGGAGAGUUUCAUAGUUUCAUUCUUAUCAAAUGGUGCGCUUGUGAACACGGAUCGAAUCAAACGCUGAAGAAAGUUAGGGUUUCAAGAAAUUUGGGGAUUUUAGUCACAAUGUGUCUUGAGGGAUUUCCCAUCUUCGAUGGUGUUGCCGGUGAACUACGACCAUGGAUUUCAUGGCUGGAGGAUUUCUUUGUUCAAGAGAAUUUCACGGCGGAUGAGAAACUGAAUCUUGCACAUAGUCUUCUCGAAGGUGAAGCCGACGCUCAUGUUCAAUGGCGACAAUCGUUUAUGCCUUUCCAAAGCUGGGAAGACUUGAAAGAUGUUUUGGUACUGGGUUUUGGAAAAAGAGACGAUCCUGAAAAAAUGAGGAUGAUGCUUGAGAACGAACGUAAGAUACAACAAUUCAUCAAGAAGCAAAGAGACGAUCUAGAGGCUGACAGGAGUGUUGAACCAGAAUUUGUGGUGGCUGAUAUGAUUCACAGUGAGGAAGGCUCGCGUCAGGAGAAGAAAGCCAUUCAAGAAACAUUUGGUUUGGCUGUUUCCAAUGAAUGUGUAUCAAUAGCAACUUCUGCUGCAGAAAAAGUUACAAUUCACAGUGAAGAAGCAAUUUUUCACAAAGAAUCGUUGGUCCAGAAUCAAUUCAACACACAACAUCAGGUAUUGAUCUCUGACUUGGAACCUAGCCGUAGUGUUCUUCAGUUAGGAUUUUCUGGAAUGGAUUUAGUUUUGGCAAAUAGAAAACUUGGGGAAAAGCACUUUGAGAAUCCAAUCUUUGAAGCUCUUAAUGGAGUAGCAUGGAUCUUUACUGAAGAAUCGCCAAAGAGUCAAGAAGUUGAGGUGAGGUUAACAAACACGAAUUUGAGCUUGUUCUUUGAUGGAAAUGUUGCGGCUCAGUUUCAGAUUGUGUAUGGUAGCGAGAUGGACCCUUAUGGCUACCAAGUGUUCGAUCAAAUAUCUCUUAGAGGGUACAACUUACUGCAACAUAAGAAGAUGAGCAAGUUUCCUAAGUCAUGGAUGUUCAAGUUCAAGAACAGUUUGGAGGCACAAAAUUCAGCACCAGAACAACUAUUGUUUCUAGAUAUAGUUGCAGAUGCGAAAGGAACAAGAGACGGCUUGCAGGGCUUGCAGGGACUAUCUAUUAGUGAUAUUGUGUUGCUGCAACAGAUUACCUACAAGAUGAGAAUUGAAACCGUAGCGGUUGCAUGGAUGCUUUAUAGAAUGGAACAGCGUGUGGAUAGUACAUUUGCCAAAGUGAAUCUAAGUAUAUUAGCACAGCUUAUUUUUGGUGAGACCGAUGUAAAGCACAAAUGGAAAUCUAAGGAACUACAAGCAGUCUUGAUAAUUGACAAGAAUUCACGUGGAAGUGAUGUUACAUAUGGCACCUGCUCUGCUGCAACUGUUGACAAGAGAGGGUAUUUUUCUUUGUGGCAUCGUUGGAGAGACAAGGGACAGAACAAAGAGCAUGGACUCGUCAUUGUUUACAAGUUCCAAAUCGAACAACAGAUUGAUGUGUGGUGGUCUCAGAUUGGGCAAGUCAUUCAACCUGCAACUUUUGCAUCUAUGUUGUUGACUCUGUCAAUCACCCCAACAAAUCCGCAGCAGCCCGUCUACAUGAUGAUCAAGCAUGAUUCUAUCAUUCAAAGAGCAUUGGAGCAGAUUUGAAGGGCUGUUCAGGAUUAUGGAGGAGAAAAUUUUGCAAGAAAUGGUGGUUUUAAGUUCAAAAUACAAACUAGUGAAACGUUUCGAACAGAGAAACAUCUGCCUAUAGUAAAACCUUGCAAGACAACAUAUUUUGACAUCUUUUAGCAAGAAGUUGUGGAGAAAGAGCUGGGAAAUGGCGAUAUGAUGAUGAUGAUACUACACAUAGUUCAUUAGGUUUCUUUUUUUUCCACAGCUUGAAGACAAACUGUUUUCAAAAGGGGGAGUAUUGAUAAGCACAUGAAAAACACGUGCAAAGGACCGAAAACAUUGGUAUAUAAACAGAGAACAGUCAUUGUAGUUCUUUUAUGCAUUGUUUAUGAAUUGUAGAAAUGACAUAUGUGUUACUUGGGAAAUA